AUGCAACACGACGACGUGAUUUGGGACAUUAUCGGCAACACGCAGUUCUGCUCCUUCAAAAUCAAGACCAAGAGUCAAAAGUUCUGUCGAAAUGAGUUCAACAUCACCGGCCUAUGUAACCGCUCGUCUUGUCCGCUGGCCAACAGUCAAUACGCCACCAUUCGGGAGGAGAAAGGUCAAUGUUUCCUCUACAUGAAGGAGAUUGAGCGAGCGGCGUUUCCUGCCAAAUUGUGGGAAAAGGUGAAGCUGAGCAAAAACUACGAGCGAGCGCUGGAGCAGAUCGACGAGAACCUGAUCUAUUGGCCUCGCUUUAUUCGUCACAAAUGCAAACAGCGCUUCACCAAGAUCACGCAGUACUUGAUCCGCAUGCGCAAGCUCGUCCUCAAGAGGCAGAGGAAGCUGGUACCUUUGAGUCGUAAGGUGGAGCGUCGAGAGAAGCGCAAGGAGGAAAAAGCUCUGAUCGCAGCGCAGUUGGACAAUGCCAUAGAGAAGGAACUGUUGGAGAGACUCAAGCAAGGGACGUACGGUGACAUUUACAACUUCCCCAUCGUGGCCUUCGACAAAGCUAUGGGUCAGCAGGACGAAGAGAGCGAAGAUGAAGAGGAGAGCGAGGAUGAGGAGGAGCUGGAGCGAGAUGACCAGGACGUAGGCAAGAGGGAGUUUGUCGCCGCCGAUGAAAUAGAAGAGAGCGACCUAAGCGACUUUGAGGAAAUGAACAACUUGAGGACGAGCAGCGACGAGGAGCAAAGUGACCAAGAAAUGUCAACGGAGGAUGACGAAGAGGGCAAAAAGAGGAAAGGGUCACGCGGGAAAGGCAAAUCUCCAGCCAACGGCUCCGCGGUGCGAAGGAAGCGAGCAUAUGUGGAGAUUGAGUACGAGCAGGAAACUGAGCGGCCGGGUGAAAAGAGCCUCGCCACGUAG